AAAAACUGCAUUCCAUUCAUUGCACACUGCACGACAGAUUGAAAGUUUGCCCAUUUCUUACUUGUUCUUUACUUAUGGCGAGAGGAGACAUGAAGGAUGAAGAAAAGAUAGAUUAUCUGCAGAAUGAGCAAACCCAAACCCCUUUUGUUUUCUCUCUAAUGGAAAACUACAAUCCCAGAAAACCAUCCUUCUGUGUCUUCCCUCCUUUCCAUGAACGCCAUGCAUUUGUAUAAAACCCUUCUUUCUGUUCAUUCCUUUCAAUUCCAUUUCAAAAAGAAAGAAAAAAACCCCAUUCCUGAUAAUAAUGUCUCUGAACCCGGUUUCACGCACUCGUGUCGUCGUCAAUGGCGUCCGGAGGAUGAGAACUUAUCAUUACUACUGGUGCAGGCGGUGCCGGAGAUCAAUCAGGACCGUUUCGUCAAACCCGGCCGGAAUAUUAUGCCCAUGUUGUUUCGGAGAAAUCAGGUACGAGCUUGAUGUUUCCAGGCCGAGGAUCGUGUUGGGUUCCAGAACCAGGCAGGAAUUAGAAGAGCCAUGGGCAGGAGCGCGCUUGCUUGACGCAUUGGCUAGAAUUCUGGACCCCCCACUCAGCCAAGAAAAUCUUGAAAAUGAAGAUGAAAAUCUCCAGCUUCAUCGUUCUCGGAUUCUCUUGCAGUUUAUCGGCCCUGAGCGUGAGCCUCCCCGGCCUGUUUCUCCAAAUGAAAAUGCUCUGUUUUACUUGCCUGGUAACAUGGGUGCUGGAUCUGAUGAGAAUGGGAUUGAAGGGCUAAUUCAAGAACUGACUCAGAACGACCGGCCAGGGCCGCCACCGGCGGCGCCUUCCGCCAUUGAAUCUCUGCCGAGAGUGGCGAUCACCGCUGCUCAUUUGGCCGGCGACUCCACUUGCCCUGUCUGCAAGGAUGAGUUUGAGGUUGGGGAGGAAGUGAGGGAGCUUCCCUGCAAGCAUUUCUACCAUUCACCCUGCAUUAUCCCAUGGCUGCAAAUCCACAACACUUGCCCCGUUUGUCGGUGCGAGCUGCGAGGAUUCUCAGACCAAAAUGUACGAGAAAACAGGCAUUCUAGUAACCAUUUUCACUAUGAAGAUGAAGAUGAAGAAGAUGAAGAUAUUAGGAAGAACAACCCGCUUAUCUGGGCAUUGACUCAGGUUUUAUCUUUAUGGCCUUUCAGUCUGCUGUCAAAUUGGAUGAGCAAAUUCACCAAUCCUUUAGAAAAUAGAGCUUCAGCUUCCUCUGGAGGUCAUGAGAGAUUGUGGUGGAGGUCUUGGUUCAGAGAUUGACCAUGGCGGCCAUGGCUGCAUCAGAGGCUUGUUAUCUUACAGAAACACAUGAUAGAGAGUAGCUUUUAUCAUUCAUGUUUCAGUUGGCAGGUAUGUUUGUUUGUAUUCAACUAUAUCUCAUGGACAGAAACUGAUUUGGAAAUGGAAUCUAGGACUAGCAGUUAAAGGUAUGUACUUUCUACAUUACUCAGCUGCAAAUGACCCUUCUUUGCUUUGUCCACAAAAGGUGAAAUCCUUGUUCCCAGAGCCCCACACCCCAGUCUGACAGGAAUAAAGACGAAAUCCUUGUUCCCAGAGCCCCACGCUCCAGUCCAACAGGAUUAAAAUAAUUAACUUCAACACUAGGCACUGGUCCUCACGAUUAAUGGGUCGAGCCACUGUGAUUUACUCCUCCCCUAUCCUGUCGGGGCCUGAGUGUGGCCUAUUGUGGGGAAAAUAAUUAACUUGGACAAUAGAUUUCUGUUAUGUUUGUAGUUAAAUGCAAAUUGGAUGCCUUAAAGACAUUCUUAGGUCAUAUCACUCAUACUAAGCUAACAAAAUUUUUGGUAGGUUUUAUUUGUUGCAGGUUUCAUACCAUGAGAUGGUUGGAGAGAACAGACAGUUUCAGAAAAGGGCAAGUCUUUUAUGGGUGCAGAGAAGAAAGAAGAAUAUGAGAGAGAGAGGUAGAUGGAAUCAUGGAAA